AUGAGUGGGAAGGACGAGGACAAGGAGAGGAAGGACUCCUCCUCGGCUUUGACCAUAGACAGGGCAGCGUUCCUUCUGCUGAGGGUCAAGAGGGUGUUCAGGAAGAAGAAACAGCAGAGGAAAGAGGCAAAAGCGGCUGCAGAGGCUGCUGCGGCGGCGGCUCCCAAAAUAUCACUGCCGGGGGUGAAGCAGCCCCCUCCACUGCUGAGAUCUCGGACCUUGCCUGCCAUAGUGGUACCAGGCAUCAGCAUCCUCCAGGCGCAGAUAGACACCAGAUACAAAGAGAGUGGGGGUUCAUGCAGUCUUUCUACGCUUAAAAGAAAAGGAUCCCACCAUGAUUCUUUACACACUCCGCAGCACAACGCUCCAAGAUUCUCGUUUGCUGAUACAAACACUUUGGACCCUCGUCGUCAUCUCGCUCAUCACCGCCUCAGCUCACCAGAGGCUACCACCGGGGCAGAGCUGCAGCUUCCCUCCCCCGCCCCUCGGCUGUCCACGGGCAGCGCCACCCUGGGUCGUCUGGCCAGGCUGCUCAAUCAGAGGGCUGGCGGAGACACUACACCCCGGAGACUGUCUUGGGAAACAAUAGUGGAGGAAUAUAUAUUCCUGGUUGACGAUCAAAGAAUAAAAACAGUUCCUUGGGACCAAGCCAUCGCUCGGUACUACGACUAUCCGCAGUACUAUCGUGAUAAUUAG